UCCUCUGGUCGACUUCCUGUCCUUUGGUCUACUUCCUGUCCUUUGGUCUACUUCCUAUCCUGUGGUUUCCUGUCCUCUGAUUGUCUUCCUGUCCUGUGGUUGACUUCCUAUCCAGUGGUUUCCUGUCCUCUGAUCGACUUCCUGUCCUGUGAUUUCCUGUCCUCUGGUCUACUUCCUGUCCUUUGGUUUCCUGUCCUCUGGUCGACUUCCUGUCCUCUGGUCGACUUCCUGUCCUCUGGUUGACUUCCUGUCCUGUGGUUGACUUCCUGUCCUUGGUCAUUACAGACAGCAUGGCGGAGCAGAACCUCCAGGCCAAGCUGAAGAACCUGCUGAAGCAGGAGAAAGUUCAGCUGUGGAAUCCUCCGUUCACCCAGGAGGACGACCAACCGAGCGCCGUGCACCUGCAGGAGCUGGCGCAGCACUACGCCCCGCUCCUGGGCCUGUCCGCGGAGGAGGUAGGGGGCGCUCUGGAGUCCAUCCGGGCUCAGGCGGUGGCCAGAGGGAAAGGCAACCGGACCUUCAGGGAGACCAGCGUGGCGACGCUGGAGCUGCUGCUGCCCAGAGAGGCCAAGAAGGUCAGGAGGGCAUUUUCCCCUGGUGGGAGGAGUCAGAGUGGAGCUGGUGGGAGGAGUCAGGUGGGAGGAGUCAGAGUUGAGCUGGUGGGAGGAGUCAG